GCUCCUGGAGGGAGUGGUGAUCUCUGCUCCUGCAGCUGCAUCGGAGCUGCCUGCUGCCUUCAUAAACAGUUCAGCAGGCAGGAUGGGGUCAGAACUGAGACCUUGUGGCUCUGAGCGGGGUCCUGCUGUGAGGUCUCCAGGGGCCACUGCUAGGACACUACUGAACAUCAGUAAGACAGAACAACCAGGGCGUCUGUGGAUGAGACACCCGAGAGGGAGGCGCCAGACUGUGGGUGUCUCCUUCAGCCUGUCCUUUCAUUUCAGCAGGAUGAAGCUUCUCACUGGACUCAUUUUCUGCUCCUUGGUCCUGGGAGUCAGCAGUGAAAGCUGGUUUUCAUUCCUUAGCGAGGCUUACCAAGGGGCUGGGGAUAUGUGGCGAGCCUACUCUGACAUGAAGGAGGCCAACUGGAAAAACUCAGACAAAUAUUUCCAUGCUAGAGGGAACUAUGAUGCAGCCCAAAGGGGACCAGGAGGAGUCUGGGCUGCUGAAGUCAUCAGUGAUGCAAGAGAGGGCUUUCAGAGUCUCAUAGGCCGUGGACAUGAGGAUACCAUGGCUGACCAGGAAGCAAACAGAUGGGGCCGCAGUGGCAAGAACCCCAAUCACUACAGACCUAAAGGACUGCCUGACAAAUACUGAGCAUCCUCUUUAUUGCUCCAGGAGGCUGUGAUGUGGGUCCUGAGGACAGGGUCUGGGGUUCUUCUUUCUCAUGAACACUGGAGUUGCUUGGGAACACACAAUAGUUAUCUCACAUGAAUAUGGACCAAGAGUUUCAAAACUGUGUUAUUCUUGGAGUAGUAACUACUUGCUUGAAAAGAGGGUAAUAAACACUAACAUGGAAGUGGAGCUGAGCCUGAGUAUCUGUCAUUGAAGGACAUUUCUGGGUUCACACAGGGCAGACACCACUCUCACAGAAUCUGGCAUGAUCCCUUCUCUGGGCUCCUGUGCUAUGGGUAUGUUGUUAUUUUCAGGCCUUCCCAUGUCCAGGCCCUUACUCCCUGUCAACCAUGUCCAGUCACCUGUUCUCAUACCACAGCCUUGUGCUCCCUGUCUCUGGGGACCAGGUACACAACCAUAGGAGGACUUGCCCUGCAGCUAUCGCCUGAUCUUGCUCACUCCUCAGCAGCACCGAGACAAAUCCAGUAUCGCACAACUUCUCCAUCCUAAGAAAUAUUCCCAAGUAGUUUCCUCUCGUCUUAGGUCACUAUUUCUGUGAGAAAAUACUAUGGCCAAAGCAACUUAGAGAAGGAACAGUUUGUUUGGCUUACACUUCCACAUCACUGAAGGAAGUCAGGGCAGGAACUCAAACAGAGCCAGAACCUUGUGUCAGGAGCUGAUGCAGAGGUCAUGGAGAGGUGCUGCUUACUGGUUUGCACCUCAUGGCUUGUUCAGCUGGCUUCCUCAUAGAACCCAGGACCACCAUCCCAGGGAUGGCACCACCCACAAUGGCUGGGCCCUCCCCCAUCAAUCACUAAGAAAAUGCCUACAGCCAGAUCUUACAGACACAUUUUUAAUUGAGGCUCCCUCUUCUCCAAUGACCCUCUUGUGCCCAGUUGACACAAACCCAGCCAGCACACCUCUGCUUGACUUACAUUGAGUCCAGAGAAAUAUCACAGGGAAAACUGUGUCUGGGGAUACAGACACAGCAUCAACACCAAGAUGCAGCCCAUUUGUGUGGCCUUUGACAUCCUUGUUCUGGGGAAAAGCCACUGUCCUUCUAAGCCUAUUCUGGCUGUACAACCUACAGGAGUCUGGGCACUUUCCUCCUUAGAUAGGAAUUCUGAAUGCUUUUCUCGUAUUGCACCUCUAAGAAAUAGAUGACCUGGCCUUUCCAAACUAGUGAACAGACUUCUCUGUCCACAUGUUCUACUUGUCACAUGCUGAGAGGUGGUGGUUGUUGAGACAGGGUCUCACAGUGUUACUCAAGCUAGUCUUGAACACAAGAGAUCCUACUGCCUCAGGCUCCCAAGUUCUGGGAUUACAGGCAUGUGCCAGCACACCAGACUGUUUAAAAAUGUUUUAUAUGAGUAUGGUGUGUGGGAGUGUACUGUACUGUGUCUGAUGUCAAAUUGACAUCAGACACAAACUAGAGUCAUCAGAGAGAAGGAAAUCUCAAUGGAGAAAAUGUCUCCAAAAGAUCCUGCUGGAGGCUGUAUAACUUGGUCUUCAUGUGCGACUCCUAACAGUGAGAGCAGGGGCUGUCUCUGACUGUGUUGCCUGCUUUGGGGACCAUUUCCUCCUACUUUAUUGCUUCAUUCAGCCUUGAUAGAAGAGGAGGUGCUUAGUCUCACUGCAACUUGAUAUACCAUAGCUGACUGAUAUCCAUGGGAGGCCCACCUGUAUCUGAAGAGAAACAGUGGGGGAGUGGAUGGUGGGAGAGGAGGGUAUAGGAACUUGGAAGAGGGGAAAGAGGGCAAAUUUGAUUGGGUUGUAAAGAAAAUUUAUACAUACACAUACAAACACACACACAAAUUAAAAAUAUCUGGCUGUAGGGCAUUUUCUUAAUUAGUGGUUGAUGGGGGCGGGCACAGCCCAUUGUGGAUGGUGCCAUCCCUCACCUGGUGGUGCUGAGCAAGCCAUGAUGAGCAAGCCGGUAAGCAGCACCCCUCCAUGGCCUCUGCAUCAUCUCCUGCAUCCAGGUCCCCAUCUUGUUUGAGUUCCUGUCCUGACUUCCUUCAAUGAUGGACUAUGAUUAUAAGUGUAAGUCAAAUAAACCCUUUUCUCCCCAACUUGCUUUUGGUCAUGAUGUUUCAUCACAGCAAUGGUGACCCUAUGACAUGUGUAUGUUCAUGCUUGCAAGUGUGUGGAGGUACAGAAGACUCUUGGUUGAUGUUGGCUGUUGUCCUACUUUGUUUCUCUGUUGCUGUGAUUAAUACUUUAACCAGUUGUGGGGGAAAGGGUUUACCAGGCUUAUAGGUUACAGUCUGUCACCAAAGGAAACCGAGGCAAGAACCUAGAGGCCAUCACUGAAACAGAGACCACAGUGGAGCACUGUUUCCUGGCUCUAGUUUGUGUACAGUUGACAACAACUAACCGGCAUGGGUAUCUUCCUCAGUCGUACUUCUGUUUACUGAGGCAGUUCUCUCUGAAGCUGCAGCUUGCCUGCUCCUGCUGGCUCUCUGUCCUUGUUCCCUGGGCACUGGGGUUAGAGGCAGCUACCACACUUGCCCAGCUUUUAUGUGGGCCCUGGGAAUGCAAACUCUAGUCCUCAUGCUCCUUAGACAAGUGCUACCCACUGAACCACCCUCUCCCACACGGUGCAGACUUUAAUGUCUCUCAUAUUUAUAAAGCCUUGGAAGGCUUGCUUUAUUCAGCCUCACAGCUCGUCCUUUCUCUGAUCUUUUGUUCUCUUUUCUUGCAUUUCAUGAAAAUCUAGAACCCGACUUGGGGCCUCACUCUGCUGUAGGAAUCUGACCAUGGACCUGCCUCCUCAGUACUACACUCUCCGGGAGUCAAGUCCAUGGCCACACUGCCCUCAAGGCCAGUGCUUUGAGCAUGGUCACAGAGCCACCCUGCCACCACUGUCUCCCCAAUCUCAUUUAUUCUGCCCCCAAUUCCUUUUGUCCUAACUCUGAGACAGCGCUUAUCCCCUCUCCCUCUCCCUCACCUCUGUUUGAACCUCCUCACAGGAACUGGAGAUGUUCUGUUGGGAACUACUCUACUCUAUGUUCACAUUUCCUUUAUUCUUUCAUUUUUGGUUUUUCUCUAACAGGGUCUCACUACGCAGUCCUGGCUGUCCUGGAACUCACUAUGUAAACCAGGCUAUCCUCAAAUUUACAGAGAUCUGUCGCCUCUGCCCCUCAAGUGCUGAGAUUAAAGACAUUAGUGAUAAGUUUCUCUGGUCCUGCCUGGCCCCGCAGUUGGGACAAAUCUCUCCCACCCACAUCCCACAACUGCUUGGUCCUAAGUAAACACACAGAUGUACCUAAAGAGUUUUCUCUGCCAAGCUCCAGCAGUCCGACAGCCCACUUAUAAAAUAAACACACAGAUGCUUAUAUUAUUUAAACUGUUUGGCCUAAUAGCUCAGGCUUCUAGCUAUCUAGUUCUUACAUCUUAUAUUAAUCCAUUUCUCUAAAUCUAUACCUUGACAUGUAGCUCGUGGCUCACCAGCAUCUUCACAUGCUGCUUGUCAUGGCAGCGGCUGGCAGUGUCUCCCUCUGCCUUCCUGUUCUCUCAAUUCUCCUCUCUGUUAGUCCCGCCUAUACUUCCUGCCUGGCUACUGGCCAAUCAGUGUUUUAUUUAUUGACCAAUCAGAGGAACACGUUUGACAUACAGACCAUCCCACAGUACACAGAGGCUUAUAUUAUUUACAAACCGUAUGGCCUAUGGCUUCUGUUUAUAUAAACUAACUCUUUCAACUUAAUUCAACCCAUUCCUAUUUAUCUAUAUGUUGCCAGGUGGCCGAGGCAUUACCGGUCUGCUGGCAUCUAGUGCUGUGGGAUGGUCUUUCUGUACGCUGUGAGGAUCUGUUGCUAUGAUUGGUUAAUAAAGAAGCUGCUCUGGCCUAUGGUGAGUCAGGUUAUAGCCAGGGAGGAAAUCCAAGAAAGAGACAGGAAGAAGAAAGGCAGAGGUGGAGGAGACGCCAGCCAGCCACCAAAGGAGCAACAGUGCCCAGCUCUUUUAUUCUUUUCAGUUGUCUUUCCUCUGUAAAUAUAACUCACGCUCCUCCGCGGGCAUGGCCGCCGACCAGCCACAAGGGGCAGCGCCGUGGCAUAACCAACAUUGGUGCCGUUCAGACUCGGAUACACCACCGAACACCGAGGACCUGCUGACUGCUGCUGCUUGCCGCCUCUUCCCCCAUCCAGCGAGACCGCGAGACUGCGAGCGCGCUCGCGUCCCUCACCGCCUCCGCUGGACCCCCACACCGCCACCGCCAUGAUUCUUCACCACAGUAAAUCCGCUGUUCUCACGCA